AUGUUGAAGAAUGCUCCUAACAAUCUCAAACUCACAUCUCCUGAUAUUCAAAGAGAUAUCAUUAAUUCAGCUACAGUUGAGAUAACAAAGGCUAUCAUUACAGAUUUGAGAGAUGAUUUGUGCCCUAUUUUAGUUGAUGAAUGUCGAGAUGUAUCAGUUAAAGAGCAAAUGGGAGUUGUCAUAUGGUAUGUCAAUGGAUUUGGAUGUGUCAUUGAAAGAUUUAUUAGUCUUGUACAUAUCCAAAAUACAAGUGUAACAUCUCUUAAAAAAGGUAUUGAGUCUUUGCUCUCUACUUAUGGCUUGAGCAUAUCUAGUUUGAGAGGUCAAGGCCAUGAUGGAGCUACUAAUAUGCGAGUUGCUCUAAUUAAACUUGAAUCUCAACUUGAGAACUUUGUCUUUGAUAUGCGUAUGGAUAAGAAAUUUUCUGAAGUGAGUGGAAUUGGAGGUCUUGCUGAGAAUAUGGUUGCUACAAGAAAGCAUAUUGCUUUUCCUUUAGUGUAUUUGUUAGUCAAAUUAUCAUUAAUCUUACCCAUUGCUACAGCCACAAUGGAAAGAGCUUUUUCUGCAAUGAAUAUCAUUAAAAGUUCACUUCUUAAUAGAAUGGGAGAUGAGCUACUAAAUGAUUGUUUGGUGACUUAUAUUGAAAGAGAUGUAUUUGCAAAUAUUAACAAUGAAGUUAUUGUGAAUAGAUUUCAGUUAAUGAAAAAUAGGCAAAGAUUAUUGUAA